CUCGUAGGCUUUCACGUCAGGGCCAGUGGCUUAUUUGCAUUAAGCAAGGGAUUCCAACCGGUUGUAUCCUGUCAGGUCAUAAAUCCUUGCUCUCAUUAGACUUUAUCAGUCACCUUAGCUCCAACACAGGAUUAGUCGCUAAGGCUUCACAACUUUAGCCCGGAUAACCACCGAGCAGCUGGUAGCGAUCGCCAUGUCAUCCCAGUGCCCGCUCGCGUACCCUGACAAGUUUCACGCGGCGGCCAAGUUUUGGAGCUUAAAGCCUAAGGGAUCAAAGCCCCUUGCACAGGAAAAUGAGCUUCUCUUGUACGCAUUGAAGCAGCAAGCAACUGUUGGGCCAAACACCACUCCACGUCCAUGGGGCUGGGGAAAUGGUGUGGAGUCCACCAAGUGGCAGGGCUGGAAGGAGCUGGGCAACAUGACGUCUAUUGAGGCCAUGCGACUCUUUGUGAAGGCACUUGACGAGGAACAGCCUGACUGGUGGGCCCUGCUGCAGCAGGCGGAGGGGGGCGCCCAGGGCUCCCCGGAUCCAGCCGCUGCUGCCGGGGAUGCCGCGGCCGCAGCGGCGGACGGCGCCUCGCAGCCCGACCCGCAGCAGCCCCCCCAGCCCCCCCAGCAGCCGCAAGGGGAGGUGCGGGCCGUUGUGGACCAGGCGGAGGAGGGCGUGUGGCGGCAGGUGGAGACGGUGGGGGCGGGCGCGGAGGGCGGGGCGGCGCGGAAGCCCCUGCCGCGGUACGAGUCGGCUGCCGCGGUGGUGGGCGAGUGUGUGUACGUGCUGGGAGGCAACUACGGCGGUCGCUACCUGUCCGACGUGUGGUCGCUGCACCUGCCCUCCGCCACCUGGGAGCACCUCACCCUGCACCGCGGCACGACAGCAGCGGCAGGGGGGGAGCAGGCGGAGCAGCAGGCGGGCGGCGGUGCGGAGGGGGGCAGCGGUGGUGGCUUCCCCGCUCUGGCUGGGCACUCGGUGACCGCGUGGAACGGCAAGCUGUACGUGCUGGGGGGGCACAGCAAGUCCAAGCUGCCCGGCCCCAUGCCCCUGCGCCUGGUGGACCCCGCCGCCCGCACCUGGAGCGAGCCGCCCACUGCAGGCAGCCCCCCGGCAGCCAGGGGGGGGCAUGCGGCUGUGCUGCUGGGCUCGCAGCUGUGGGUGCUGUGCGGCGAGGACGGCGGGCGGCGGGCGCUGGGGGACGUGUGGGUGCUGGACCUGGAGAGCCUCACCUGGAGCUGCCCGGAGAUCACCGGGCCGGCCCCCCCGGGUCGCUCCGCCUGCUGCGCCGCCCUGUACCAGGAGCGGUACAUCCUGAUGUUUGGGGGCGGCUCCGUGUCCAGCUGCUUCAGCGACCUGCACCUGCUGGACACCGUCACGCUGAGAUGGGGGCAGCCGGGCCAGUCCGGUGCCAAGAUCAGCCCCCGUGCGGGACACGCGGGUGCGCUGCUGGGCGCCACCUGGUUCAUCGUGGGUGGCGGCAACAACGUGCGCGGCUGCACCGACCUGCUGGCGGCGGACCUGGGCGGGCUGGGGGGCGGGGAGGGGGAGGGGGAGGGAGGGAAGACAGCUGCGGGGGCGGCUGCUGCGGGCCACGUCAGGUGGCGGGUGGUGGCCUCUGUCGCACUGCGCGACCCGCUCAGCAGCGAGGGGAUCAGCCUGGUGGCCCUGCCGCCCUCCGCCUCCUCCCCCGCCUCCCCCCGCACCCUGCUUGCCUUUGGCGGCUACAACGGCAGGUACCUCAACACGCUGUCCGUCUUCCGGGCGCCCGAGCUGUCCGCCGGCAGCAGCGGGGUGCAGGGGGAGGGGGAGGGGAAGGCGGCUGCAGCCCCCCCGACUGCCGCCACCGCAGCUGAGGAGCAGGCCCCGGCAGCAGCAGCACCGCCGCAGCAGCAGCAGCAGCAGGUGUCGCCGACCCAACCUCUGGCAGCGCCCGCAGCAGCAGCAGCCGGGGAGCCCCCCGCGCCCGCCUCCCCCUCCGCCCGUCUGGUGGCUGAGCUGCGCCAGCAGGUGGCCGAGCUGCGUGCCGCGCUGGAGGGGGCUCGGCGGGAGGCGGAGGGCGCCAUCCGGGAGAGUGCGGCCGCCGCGGAGGGGGCGGCCACUGAGCUGGGUCUGCUGAGGAAGCAGCUGGCGGGCGCGCAGGGGGCGCUGGCGGAGGCGAACAAGGCCCUGGACGAGAGCCGCGCCGCGCUGGGGUCGGAGCAGGCGCGCGUGCUGAAGCUGGAGGCGCAGUGCGCGGAGAUGCAGGCCAAGCUGGCCUCCCUGGGUGAGCUCGAGCGCGAGCUGGAGCGGCACCGGCGGGCGGCGCGGGAGGCGGCGGAGCGGGAGGCGGCGGCGGG